ACUCUAUGUUUUGAGUGUGCAUUAAUAAUUUUGAUGAUUCUUUAACAAAUCCCCUUCUUCUCUUCUCUCUUUGAGCUAAGCUUUAGUGGAGUCCCUAGAUUUUGCCUUAUUAAUAUUCUUCCAUGAAAAACACUUCUAUAAAACCACAUUAUACUUGAGGCCUACCUUCUCCAUGCUGUGUCUAUUGUUAUAUUCCUAGAGAGAGAAGAAGAAGAGAUUCAAGGAGUUGUAAAACAAAUGGAGAGUUUCUUAAGGUUUUUGGGUUUUGCAAAGCUGUAUUUUGGAGUGAUUUUCGUUCAGUUUGGUUAUGCUGGAUUGACGAUUCUUACUAAAUCAGCUUUGGAUAAAGGGAUGAGCCAAUAUAUUUUUGUGGUUUAUCGUCAAAUUGCUGCUACUCUUGUCAUUGCUCCUUUUGCCAUUAUCUUCGAAAGGAAGGCAAGGACAAAGAUGACCUUUUCAUUGUUCUUCAAGAUUUUGUUGCUGGGUUUCUUAGAGCCAGUGAUUGAUCAAAACUUAUUCUAUACCGGAAUGAAGUACACAACAGCAACCUUUGCAGCUGCCAUGUGCAAUGUUUUGCCAGCUUUUGUUUUCCUCUUUGCUUGGGCUUGCAGACUUGAGAAGGUGAAUAUUAUGCAAAGGGGAAGCCAAGCAAAAAUCUUAGGAACAAUAGUAACAGUAGGAGGAGCCAUGAUUAUGACCUUCAUAAAAGGGCCAAUAUUGAAUCUACCAUGGACAAAAUUACCAAACCACUCUUCUGCUUCUUCUUCAUCAGCUGCUUCUCUAAAUCACCAAAGCCUAAUCAUGGGCUUCCUCAUGAUUGCAACUGCCUGCAUUUGCUGGUCAGCUUUCAUCACUCUUCAGGCGGUUACAUUAAAAUCGUACCCGGCCGAGCUGUCGCUUACAGCAUUGAUAUGCUUGGUGGGCACCAUUGGAGACUCUGGGGUGGCUUUGGUCAUGGAGAGGGGAAACCCUUCUGCUUGGGCUUUGCACUUUGACAGUCAACUUCUAACUGUGGUUUAUUCUGGAAUAAUAUGUUCAGGGGUAACUUAUUAUAUUCAAGGAGUGGUGAUGCGAAAAAAAGGGCCUGUUUUUUUCACAGCAUUCAAUCCUCUGGCCAUGGUUCUUGUUGUAAUCAUGAGCUCCUUCAUCUUGUCUGAGAUUAUGUUGUUGGGAAGGAUUAUUGGAAUAGUAGUCAUAAUGUGUGGCUUGUACUUGGUUUUAUGGGGGAAAACCAAAGAUCAGCCUUCAGUACUUAAAUCAGAAUGUGAUAAGAUAAUACCUUGUGAGCAACAAAUGAUCACUGCAAACGACGAGGCUUCGAAGUCGACAACGGUUCGAUCAAGUCAAGAAUUCGUCGCGCUCGAUGUUGCAAAAGAGGAGACAAAUUGAUGAAUUAAUCAUCUAAACAACUUGUAAAAUUGCCCUUUUGUAUCUCUCAUAGUACAUAAGCCAACUGAUCAACUUGGUUAAAUUAAAGUACCCUGCAUUUUCAUUUCAUCCUAAAUGUGUUUCUAACUUUUGUACUUGUGUAACAAGGCUAUAUAUGUAAUAAUAGUUUCUGUUUUUGAGCUUCAAA